ACCGCGCGACCGUCCAACUGAUCACCGCCGCGCUCACGGUGGUGAUCCUCAUCGUGGGCCUGCGAACGUCGACUGGGGUCCCUUUCAUUCUCAAUGCCGUUCAGCUACCGGUCUUGGCCGGUCUGAUCGUCAGUCUGGGGCUUCUCCAGCGCCGCCCGGCCGUCUCCCACGCAGGCCGCGUCGUCGACGGCCAGGCAACGACCAGCCUGUGACCCUGGAGCUCGCCGACCUGCCGGCGAUGCACGCCAACUUGCGUGCCGAAGCUUCCACCGCCGCGUUUUACGACUCCGUCCUCAACGACAGUCUUCCCCUCUGGGCCCGCCUUACAUGGAUGUUCCGCUGGAGCCUAAUCCGCGUCUGGGUCUCCAUCAUUGUCUCCAAUUUCUUCGACGUUGCCCCGGCCUUCGCGACCAUGAAGAUGCUGCAGCAUCUGGAGCGCCGGGAGGCCGAUCCCAACGCCCCCGCCGUCGACCCGGACGCCUGGAAGUACGUCUUGGCCAUCCUUACCGCCACUGUCAGCACGCAGAUAGUCGACUCGCGCAUCAUGUGGUGGGAGAUGGCCACCCUCGUCAUCCCCAUGCGCUCGACCCUCACCGGCCUCAUGUAUCGCAAACUCCUGCGCAGACGUCUGCAGGCGGACGAAUCGACCGGAGAGGACGCAAAGGACCAGAAAGCAGGAGAAGAUGACGCAAAGGAAAAGCAAGCUUCCCAGGACGUGAUCAAUAUGUUUGCUGUCGACUGCAACCAGAUCGCCAUCUUCGGCGCGCAAAACGGCCAGUACGUCAACAUGGCGGGCAAGUUCGCGGUCACGGUCGUCUUUCUGCUCGUGCUCAUGGGCUGGCAGAGCUUGUGUGCGGGACUCCUCGGCAUCGCCGUGCUCUUCCCCAUCAACCGGGCUCUUGCAUCCCGCUACGGACGCCUGCAAAAGACCCUGAUGAAGAUCCGCGACAGGCGGACCGCCUUGACGACUGAGGCCCUACACGGGAUCCGUCAGAUCAAGUUUGGCGCCACCGAGGCGCAGUGGACGGCACAGCUCACGGCCGUGCGCGAAGAGGAGCUUGCCGUCCUGUGGAAGACGCGCCUCAACAGUGUCUACAUGGCGGUUGCGUCCGAGUUCACCCCCGUCGUGCUGACGGCCCUCUCGCUCACCACCUACGCUCUUGUGCAUGGCUCCCUCGGCCCUGCUGUCGCCUUCACCGCCAUCUCGCUCUUCAUCCAGCUUGAGGGCCUGGUCUCGUUUAUUCCGUAUCUGCUUGUCCUCCUCCUCAACGCCAAGGUCAGUUGCGACCGUAUCGACAAGUUCCUGCGCUCGCCCGAUCGACCGGUCGCCACCCAUCCAGGCCCUGCGGUGGCUUUCCACAACGCCUCGCUUGCCUUCCCCACCACCAAGACUGGUGAGGAGGAUCGCUUCGUCCUACGCGAUGUUAACCUGGUGUUUCCCUCGGGUGCCUUUAGCGUCAUCUCCGGCCCUACAGGCAGUGGCAAGUCGCUCCUCCUGGCGGCCAUCUUGGGCGAGGCAGACGUGGUGGAGGGAGCAGUCCACGUACCCCAGGGAAUGGGCAUGGCCUUUGUCUCGCAAACCCCCUGGCUCGAGAAUGCCACAAUCCGCGACAACGUCCUGUUCGGUGCGCCCUUUGACCCCGUCCGUUACGGCAAGACGGUUGCGGCCUGCGCCCUGACGGCCGACCUUGCGCUGCUGCCGAACCGCGACGACACCCUCGUCGGCACGCAGGGAGUCGCGCUGAGCGGCGGGCAGAAGUGGCGUGUUUCCCUCGCGCGAGCCCUGUACUCGUCCGCCAAGAUCCUAGUCCUCGACGAUGUCUUCAGUGCCCUGGACGCCCAUGUUGGCCGCCACGUGCUUGAGAACGCUCUCCGUGGCGAGCUUGCACAGGGCCGCACCCGCAUCCUCGCGACCCAUCACGCUGCCAUGUGCCAAGCUGCCUACUCGGUGCGCCUCGCCGACGGAACCAUGGUGUUUGCCGGCGAGGGCGACGCCGGGGCGAUCGAUGACCCGGAAGAAGAAGAAGGAGACCCCAAGAAAAUGUCCGCCGAGUCAGGAGAGACGUUCACCGCAUCUGAAAAGGUCGAGGCCGACGUCGAGGGCCGCAAAACCGGCCGCGUCUCCUCCGCCGUGUACAAGGCGUACAUUCGCGCGUCAGGCGGUUGGGUGCUGUGGUCGGUGCUUUUGGUGCUGUUUGCCGUCUCGCAGAGCUUCAUUCUCGGUAGGACAUACUGGGUGCGCAUCUGGGCGGGCUCGAGCGGUUCUUCUUCAGAGCCUACUCCACAGGUGUCGCAACAGGCGCGUGCCGGUUAUUCCCUGCAGACGAUGAUGUUGUGGCCAUCAUCGCAAGAAACACCUGCCGUCCACACCCUAUCAUCGAACAACGACAACCUCUGGUUCUAUCUGUCCGUGUAUUGUAUUAUUUCCGUCUUCUCCGUGGCAGUCACGCUUGCCCGCUUGCUAGCCGUGUAUAUUGCCUCGAUCCGGGCGUCGCGCACGCUGUUUGCCGAGCUGCUGGACAGCGUGUUGCACGCACCCCUGCGCUGGCUCGACACCGUGCCCGCAGGCCGCAUCCUGAACCGAUUCACUGGUGAUUUCACCUCGCUAGAUUCGUCGCUGACGCAGAAUUUCUACAUGCUGGCCACGAUCUUAUGGGAGAUUCUGGGCAUCCUUAUCGCGGCGGUGUUUGUCUCGCCCGUGAUGGCCGGCGUGGCGGUUGUGUUGCUGACGACCUGCACGCUCAUCGGGCGACAGUACAUCGGCGGCGCGCGCACGAUCAAACGCCUCGAGUCGACCAGCAAGUCGCCCGUCAUCUCGCAUUUCUCAGCGACAUUGCGCGGCCUGGCGACGAUCCGCGCCUUUGACGAGACCCCCGCCUUUGCAGAGCGCAUGUACGCGCUCAUCGACGCCUACGCCGCGUGCACCUGGCACGACGCCCUGCUGAAGGGCUGGCUGAUGCUGCGCGUGGGGCUGGUCGCAGCCAUGCUGGCGUCCACGGUUGCCGUCUGUAUCGUGGUCACGCCGGGCGUCGACGCCAGUCUCGCCGGGUUCGCGCUGUCCUUUGCCCUCAGCUUCGGGUGGCAGGUCACCCUUGCCGUCCGCAUCGCGACGGCAGUUGAGCUCGACAUGAACUCCGCGGAGCGGAUUCUCGAGUAUCGCGAUCUGGAAGUUGAGCCGGCCGAGGGCGACUCCGUUCGCGCCAGCUGGCCCGAGGACGGCCGCAUCGAGGUUUCAGAUUUAGAAGUGGCUUAUGCAGAGGGGCUGCCGGCCAUUCUCAAGGGAUUGACGUUUACCGUUGAGGGACGGCAGCGUAUUGGCGUGGUAGGGAGAACAGGAGCGGGCAAAUCUACACUGUCGCUCGCGCUCUUCCGCUUCCUGAAUGCCCAGCGCGGGGCGAUUGUGAUUGACGGAGUCGACAUCUCGACCAUCCGACUGACUGAUCUCCGUACACGACUGGCUAUUAUCCCGCAGGAUCCAGUGCUCUUCUCCGGCACGAUCCGGUCGAACCUCGACCCGCUGGGCCGGUUCAGUGAUGCAGAGGUCCAAGACGCUCUGCAGCGAGUACAUUUGGUUCCCACUGGCUCGGCGACUGCCUCUGCGACUGCCUCGAGUGCCUCUUCCACUGCUGAAGAAACUAGUUCUAGUACUCUUGCCGGUGCUAGUUCCAGUACCAAUACUGUUGCCGCUACUUCUAAUAUCUUCCUUACGCUGUCCUCGCCCGUCGCGUCAGGCGGCAACAACCUCUCGCACGGACAGAAACAGCUGCUCUGUCUGGCGCGCGCGAUCCUGACACGCCCUAAAAUCCUGGUUCUGGACGAAGCCACCUCUGCCGUGGACGGGGCAACGGACAAGCUCAUCCAGCGGUCGAUCCGCGAGGCGUUCUCUGAUACCACGCUACUGGUGGUGGCGCACCGGCUCAGCACAGUCGCGGACUUUGACCGGAUCCUCGUUCUUCAGGACGGGAGGGCUGUUGAGUUUGGGGCGCCGGAGGAAUUGAAAGCUGCUGGGGGGGUGUUUGCUUCGAUGGUGCAGCAGGGGGGGGAAUCUCUUUAGGCAUUAUGUAUAUCAACUAUAAUUAAGUACAGAUACAAGUAUUGCAUUACUGGUAGUUAACUAUG